AUGGCAUCCACUUCCGCUGUAGGGUCGUAUUCGAACCCUUUGAAAAAGUUUAAGCUGGUGUUCUUGGGAGAGCAGAGCGUUGGCAAGACGUCCCUGAUUACGAGAUUCAUGUACGACUCAUUCGAUAAUACAUAUCAAGCGACCAUCGGAAUCGACUUUCUGUCAAAGACUAUGUAUCUAGAGGACAGAACUGUUCGACUCCAGCUUUGGGAUACAGCCGGUCAAGAACGAUUCCGGUCAUUGAUCCCUUCCUACAUUCGGGAUUCGAGCGUUGCUGUUGUUGUUUACGAUAUUUCAAACGCCAAGUCCUUCCAGAACACCCGGAAAUGGAUUGACGACGUACGAGGGGAGCGUGGCAAUGAUGUUAUCAUUGUUCUAGUUGGCAACAAGACUGAUCUUAACGACAAGCGCGAGGUUACAACUGCGCAGGGUGAAGAGGAGGCUAAGAAGAACGGGCUGAUGUUCAUUGAGACUAGCGCUAAGGUUGGCCAUAAUGUCAAGCAACUUUUCCGGCGGAUAGCCCAAGCUUUACCAGGCAUGGAAGGUGAAGGUAACAGAGGAGAAAGCCAAGUGAUCGAUGUGAACAUCACCCCAAAAGAGACCACGACCAACGAUGGAUGCGCCUGCUGA